AUGGAUCUCCGCCGUGCUUCCUCUCCGCCGUGCCUCCUCUCCUGGUUGAAGCCGCCUUCUCUCCCUGUGACGAAACCUCCUGACCUGUCCGUGAUGCCAUUCCUCCUCUGGUCUAUCUCCCGCUCCGGUGGUCUCUCAUCGGAUUCCAUGGCGCCUCAGAGGACAAGGUGUCCGAUUCUAUGGGUCACACUGCCGGAGCUGUCAGAUCCAGAGUGUGAGUCGCGCUUCUCUCUCCGGAACCCUCCGGAUCCACCGGAUCCUCCAGAUCCACCUGAUGUUGGAGGAUCUAAGCCUCUCACCGUGGUCUCGACAUGGUUCUCUCCACCGCUAUCCCCUCAGCUCCUUCAUAUCCCCUGUCCAUCAGAUUUCCUCUGGCUUCCCUUGCCGCCAAUCAGAUCUGGGCUCCCAGUUUCGCCGGUCUUUUCUCUCCAUCCUUUCCAGGUUUGCUCCUCUCUCCCAGCACGUGUGUGUCUCAUUCUGAUUUGUAUUGAGAUUGUUGGGGAACGAGCAACUUUGGCUUUGGAGUUUCUUGAUAAGUUACCAACAUUACCGAUUGAUUCGGAUCUUAGCGUCUUUGUGCGAAACCUUACUGCUAUAUGCAGUCUCUUCCCAAAUCUCACUUUAGUGAUUGAUAUUUUGAAAUCUAAUUUACCAAAUUUGUGGCAAUUUGGUGUAAAUUUUCUGGAUAUGUUUAAUCUCUAUGAGAUAUUGGAUGAUCUCUCCUUUAUGGAGUUUGUCUCCCUCCCAAAAUUGGUGCUUGGUUUGAGUGGUGUUAUUGCAGGGUGUUGGAGUUCGAAGUUGUCAAACACUUCGUGUCUUGUAGGCUCAGUAGCUUGGUGCUUUGUCACUAUGAAGUUCAUUGCCGUUAACAGGAUUGUUAAACUUGCACUAGAUGCGUUUUCAAUCUUGGGGUUAGGAUUACUUGAUGUAUCCUACAAUGCUCAUGGCACCACUUCAUUUAUUCAUACUAUGGUCGUGGAGUUCUUCCUCGGUUUUGGUGGCUCAAGUGUUUGGUUUGCCCUUAUCUAUGUUGUCGUUUUUGCUGUUAUCUCUAUUUCCGCUUUGUUUAGUGCGGUUCUUUUAGCCAGUUUGGCUUUGUUGUCUUUGGUUUGGAACAUUUUCUCCUUUAAUGGAGAGUAA